AUGGAGUUCUGCAUGGGGCGAACAUUGUCAAACACCAUGCUCAGCGUAAACAUCACCGAUGUCAUAGACGAAGCUAUGUACCAGCUGGGACUGGAUAUAGAAGAUCUGGAGGACAUUGAAUGUGACGCAGGCCUAGGCAAUGGUGGCCUCGGUAGACUGGCUGCAUGCUUCCUGGAUUCUAUGGCCACAUUACGACUCGCUGCAACCGGACAGGGUAUACGUUACGAGCAUGGGUCGUUCGAGCAAGGUAUCGAGAAUGGAUGGCAAACGGAGGAAUUAGAUGAAUGGCUCCGCUUUGGUAAUCCGUGGGAAAUUGAACGUCCUGAGUACUCCCAACUUGUACAUUUUGGUGGUCGUGUGGUCCGAGAUGAGAAUGGACAAGCCGAAUGGAAAGACACGGAAGUGGUCACAGCUACGCCGUAUGACACACCGAUUCCGGGAUAUAGAAACAACGCGUGCAACACGUUACGUUUGUGGGCUGCGAAGGCGGCGAAGACAUUUGAUUUGAACACGUUUUUCUCAGGUGAUUAUAUAAACGCAGUUUUGGCCCGGAAUCACGCAGAAAAUAUCUCUCGAGUUCUCUAUCCUAUCGACCAUGUGUAUGAGGGAAAACAAUUACGCUUGAGACAAGAAUAUUUCUUGGUUUGCGCAUCACUCAAGGAUAUGCUUCGACGAUUUCGACAAGACAACCCAAAGCGGGAUCUGUUUGAACUACCAUACAAAGUGGCAGUCCAUUUGAACGAUACACAUCCUGCCUUGGGGAUUCCCGAAUUGAUGCGUAUUUUGAUGGACGAGGAGAAGUUGAUGUGGCGUGAUGCAUGGGACAUUUGCUAUCAAACAUUUACACACACCAACCACGUGGCUCGACCGGAGGCACUCAAGCAUUGGUCCGUGGACAUGUUGAAACGAAUGCUGCCACGUCAUAUGGAAAUUAUCGAAAAAAUCAACAAACAUUUAUCUAUCAUCAUCAAUCGACGGUGGCCCAAUGACCCAACGCAUUUCCAGCGAAUGUCUAUUAUUCGUUACACCGAUCGUCCAGUUAUUAGUAUGGAUCAUUUGUGCAUCGUGGGCUCCCAUCGGGUCAACGGUGUGUCCGUGGCACAGACGAACUACUUGCGCACAGUAUUUACAUGCGAGCACGAUGAUUUCGGAAAAGCCGCUAUUCCGACUGGCAAACACCUGGAUAGCUUUGUGGGUGUGCUCAAAGAGGACGAUAUAAUUUGUGAUCUGAAAGAUUACAGUACGAGUGGAGCUGAAUUCCACGGUAUGCCUGAGUAA